AUGCAGCCUCCGACAAGCACAGAUCAGCUCCAGACCAUUACAGACGGCCUCAAUCUUCCUCCCUUCGAGCGCAGGAUGACGCUUAUCACUCUUUCAGAAAUCUUGCAUGACCCCGUUAGAGCAAUGCAGCUUCUUGCAGACGUGGCAUACCAGGUCCGUCCGCACUCUCUGGCCGAGGACAGCAAAGCUGUGCCUCCCCCUGUGAAGGUCAACGCGGCCAAUUUGGAGCAGGUCGCCGCUGGUAUAACCGACUUCACUGUCUGUCUUUUAAAUCUCAAUGAAUCUCGAAGCAUGGCUGACAAGCAAGCCUUUGUCCAGGAGCUUGUUCUUUCAGACUCAGCCAAUAUGCGCGUUCUCCUCUCCGCCAUCCUUAAGGACCUGGCUGCUUCCAGGGAAACGAUUUAUGUCUCCAAGUUCAAACUGCCCCCGGUGAUUCCUGCAGACUACAUGGUCGACCCCCAGAUCCAGACGCUUCUGUCCCAGCUACGCGAAGCUCAAAGUAGGUUUACAGAGGCACUCAAUCAAAACAGAGACGUCCAGAAAGAUCAGAUUCUGCAGAAGAUGGAGCGCCUUGCCACUGACAAGACCACAUUUCUGACAAGGAGGGAUAAGCUGUUCGACCGGGUGAAGCAAGCCAAGGCACUGUCAGUACCGAAAGAGGCCGUUCGCUUGGCCAGUCGUCGCCGGGUUGCGCUCUCAGAGAUUGAAGAACUAAAGACCCAGAUUAAUAGCCAAAACGAGAUACGGCGUGCUGCACUGAAUGCGGCGAAGGCCGUGGUCAACUCCGCUCGGGGGACUCCUGCCAACAUCUUGGAGGCAUCGGAGGCAGAGAACAAGCGGCUGAAACAAGAGAUUAUCAACCUCACGGCAGAAAUCACAGAGAAAGAGUCACUUGCACACCUGAUUCAGUCUGAACCAGGACAGGAGGCUAUUGAGCUCAUGGAGAACGAGUUAGAGACCCUGCGGACGGACCUAGUCAAGUACAGGGAAAUGGUUUCCACGGUUGGUUCUCCGGAUGAGGAAGAUAAUGAGCAGGAGAAAAUGAGCUUCUUGAAUCAGCAGAUAACGAAAAUUAAAACUCAGCGUGCACAGCUUGAAAAUAGACUCACAAAUGCAAGGCGGGAAAGUGCAGAGGUAGAUGCAGAGGUAGCGAAGAGGUGCUCGAGCACAGACAUGGCGAGCUUGAUGAAGGACAUAGAUGACAUGGACAGCAUACCCAUGUUACUGUUCAAGAACCUCCUUUCAAAGGGCAGAGCUCUCAAACCACUGCACAAGAAGGCAAUGGACGAACAGCAGCUGCUGCGCAAGGAGAACGCUAUAGUUUCCCGCACAAAGGACAUCCUUGCCGCAAUCCCGAAUCUUUCUGCAGAGGCUCCAGAUGAACUCACUGAUGCCGGGGGACUUAGGCCCAUUGGGGGAGGAAAGCAGCGGGUGCUGGGGAGCAUCGGGGGCGUUGGCUUAAACGCGAAGAAUCUUAUGGAAGCAAAGGCGGUUCUGGCUGAGCUGGACGCCACAUUGCAGCAGAAGAAGCGCGAUCUUGCCCCUCGCGUCUCUGAGCUUGCUGCAUUGAAGCGCCAGUGUGCCCAACUGGAAGCAGACACAGAGAGCGAGAAUCAGCGAGCCAGGACCCUUGAAGUGUCACGGGAGGGGUCAGUCUACAAGCUACGUCUAAGCGUUCGAGCGCUUGAGCUGGAGAUAGACAAUCUGAAGACACAGGCGAUCGUUACAGACAAGAAGGCGGAGCUGUUACGCCUGGAACUGGAGCAGGCUGACAACGUACGAGAAUUCGACAGGUUGAAGCGAGAGAUCACUAGUGAGAACAACGCGUGUAAGACCCAGAUGAUGGAGAUUCGUGCGAAGCAAGAGGAACUAAAAUGCAACCUCCCCAACCGGAUGGCGCAGAACAAACUGUUCAAGAGUCUGGUCAGCAUCCUCGAGUUCAGGAAGCAAGCAGCGCUGGAGCGUCAGGAGGAUCAUGCAGCCGAGAUGCGUAUGGACAAAAUUAGAAUAACCAACUAG